AUGGGGAGGACACCUUCUUUUGGGAGGACACCUGAAGGACUCAUUCGAGGCUCACCUUUUUCGCCGAAUCUGAAGCUCUCUGCACUAGCCGUGAAUGGAGCAUGGGCUUUUCCGAAGGACCUGGUGGAUCGGUUCCCUGAGCUUGCGCUUAUUAGGCCGCCAAACAACUCAAUAGAUUCAUUGGUCUGGAUUCCAUCUCCCACAGGUGCAUACUCACUCGGCCAUACCAUUUGCAGGAUCGAUUAUUACCAUCUCCCAAGGCACUGGCAUCAUCUCAUUUGGAACCCACUUUCUGUACCGAGAUGCAAAUUUACAUUGUGGAUGGUUGUCCAAGGCAGGCUCUCCACUAUGGAUCGAAGCCGAAUGAGGUCGGUUAAUGGAUCGAGAGUCUGUCACUUCUGUGAAUUGGUCAACGAGACUCAUGAUCAUCUCUUUUUUGCUUGCAAUUUCAUAAGGCCAAUAUGGGUUCAUAUUCAAUCCAUAACCAGAUUCCAUGCCCCUCCCUCUACUUGGUCCGAUUUUGUUACUCGGGUUUCUCAGCAAUGGGCAAGACGAGAUCUGAGGAACUCGGUAAGGAAACUUGUGCUCUCCACUUUUGUCAAUAAGAUCUGGAUGGAGCGAAACAGUAGGGCAUUCACGAAUCAGAAAAAUUCGCAGAUGAUAUUAUUAAGGCAAACCACGGACUUGGUUAGGCAGAAAUUACUUUCACAAAACCUAAAGGACUCACCUUUUGCAAGGAGGCUGGCGUUGGAUUGGGAGCUUCCGGUUUCGAUAUUGAGGCCGCCGGCGGAACCUCCGGACUAA